AUGGAUGCAGAUACUAUUUUUUCCAAUUUGCCAUAUGGUGAAAAUAUUGUUGGAAAAUAUGAAUAUUCUGAAUGUUGUAAUUCGGUAAAAACUACUUGUAUUCUUACUAAUUUGCGUUUACUCAUUCGUUGGAAGGAAACAUUUCUGUGUUGUUGUCACCAGUCUCAUUAUUCUGCUAUCAGACUAAAGUCGAUAUCUCGUAUUGACGAAACACGUCCCAGUCGAUACAAUUUUAUUAUUGGUGUAAUAUUGUUUAUCAUUGGCCUUAUUUCAUCAAUUUUUUGGAAAAAUAUACCAAUACAUAUUCUCGAUUAUGCAGUCUUGGUCGUUGGUAUUUUAAUACAAGUUGGAGCUUUAAUCCGUUUGAUUUGGCUUUUCUUAUUACUCAGAUACAAAUUUAUUACGUUGAAAGGCAAUUUCGGUUCGGAAACAUUGAAAUUUUUAAAAUCAUCAGCAAGAGAAUUCGAAUCAAAACUAAGUGAAAUGAUCUUUAUAAUGCAAACGCAGCAUACCAAUGAACAAAGCAAUAAGCAGGAACUAUUUUCACCAACAGCACCGACUUUCACCAUUGAUAAUGAACUACAAUACUAUUCUAAAGAAAACAAAUAUCGAUAUGUUGUACCAAAAGAAAAGACUUCCAAUGUUCAAAAUGGAAUGAAACAUUAUCAUACUGACAAAAAAUACCGUCAGCAUCGGCCAACAGAGAACUUUUGA